UAGUGAUGUCCAGCAGGUGAAAGUGCAAGCUCCAUGAACACGCACAGCUAUGGAUUCCAGCUGCGUUCGUAGUUCUGCAAACUUUGACCCCCACGGAGUCGAGCUUUUCAGUUCAAUCGGCUGCAUUUCGAUGUCACAUUAACUGGCAUUAACUCAGCCAGUUAAUGCGAGACAAAUCCAGCUGCUCAUUAAAGCUUUCUGGCUUGAUCAGAAAAGAAAACAUUGGUCCAUACACCUGAAAGUCCCGAAAACGCAUUGUGAAUUCUGUCUCGAGUCUACGGAUGUAUCCAUGUAUUUACGUGGUGCUGAUGCUGCGCUGAGCGGACAGCUCCUGAAGCAUUUGAAGUGUUGGAAUGUCGAAAUUUCAACAUCGUUUGAAAAAACUGCCAGCUAGCAACGUCCCUCUCACCGGGACCAAAGAGCAAACGGCAGACUUCAUUAAAACUAGAGGAGAAAACAAUCACCUCUUCACCGGGGUAAAAAAUUCAGCGACUGUGGGAUGGAGGACUAUUCUCGAGAAGAUGGGCCUGCAAGGGAAAGUCACCCCCUUGCAGGCCAAAAAGAAGUGGGACAACUUAAAGAAAAGAUACAAAGAUUGCAAGUGUCCAGGGUCAGGACAGGGAGUCAGUGGGAAGCCCACUGCUGCUACUUGGCCCUGGUUUGGCCUCAUGGAUGAGGUGAUGGGACAGAGGCCUUCCAUUAGGUCCCCUGUCCUUAUUUCCUUUCUCCCUGAGGACACUCCAGGGCCAAGUACAGCAGUGGGUGACCAAAGCGAGAGGGAAGAGGAGACAGAUGAGGAAGGAGGUCAGCCAGCAACAACGGGAAGGAAGAGGAGAAGGGAUAGGGGGGGGAUGAGCUCCUUGAGCUCAUCAAAGAGGACAUGCAGUACCAAAGGGAGGCUGAGGAGAGGAGAGAACAGGAGAGCAGGGACAGGAUGGACAGACUUUUUUCUAUAUUGGAAAGAUUAGUUCCUAAAUAAGUUAAAAAUAUAUUCAAAUAAUGUUCUUACUUUGUUCUAUUUGUUAUGUCAUUCUAAAAGUUUUUGAUUAAUGAAAAUUAGUUCCCAAAUUGGUUGUGCCUUCAGAUAUUCUUUUUUUGAAAACAUUUCUUACUUU